GAUAGAAUCUAAAAACAGUCUGGAUAGGGGUAAUCGAGUUUGCGGACCUGGGCCCCUUGCUGUGACGUGACAGUCCUUUCUCGAGGCACACUUUGUUGUUAAAACUGGGUGCCUCAACUGUGUUUUUUGAAAUAUUGCAGAAGCAGUAACCAGCGUUUUAAAAAAGUAGCAGAUGAAGCGACGUUGGAGGUCUAUACUGAACAAAAAAGCAGGAUGAGAGGAGCAAAGGUGGCGGUGGUAGGCGCCGGCGUGGUGGGCUUGUCCACGGCCGUGUGCAUAGCCGAGACUCUCCCCGGUUGCUCGGUCACCCUGCUGGCCGACAAAUUCAGCCCAGGGACCACCAGCGACGGAGCGGCCGGGAUCCUCUAUGUGGAACAAUUUCCAGAUAUUCCUUUGGAACGCCAAAGAUGCUGGUUCCGCGACACCUUUGACCACCUACUGGCCAUCGCGCAGUCCAGACACGCACCUGAUGCCGGAGUGCUGCUAAACUCAGGCGUUCAAAUCUUCAGGGAGCCCCCUGCCAACAAGAGGCCCUACUGGUGGGACAUCGUGCUUGGCUUUCGCUUCCUGAGCGAACGCGAGCUGCGCCGCUUUCCCGAGCACACGUUUGGCCAGGCCUUCACCACCAUCAAGUGCGAAUGUUCCAGCUACCUGCCCUGGCUACAACACAGGUUCACGAAAGCCGGCGGUAAAGUGGAGCAGAAGAAAGUCUCCAGUCUUGAGGAGUUGAGCUCGGACUACCACGUCAUUGUCAACUGCUCGGGCCUGGGCUCCAAGGAGCUGGUGGGAGACUGCGGGCUCGUCCCGGUCCGGGGCCAGGUCUUGAAGGUGGACGCCCCUUGGCUGAAGCACUUCAUCCGUCAAGAGGGAGGGAAGUCAUACAUCUACCCCGGCUCCGGCUACGUCACUGUGGGCGGCACCCGACAGGAGGGAGAUUGGCGCCUGGCGGUCGACCCCGGGGACACCGAGGCCAUCUUGGAGCGCUGCACCAGGCUGGAGCCAUCCCUGUGUCGGGGUAGAGUGCUGGGGCAGUGGGUCGGGCUCAGGCCCUCCAGGAGGAAUCCAAGGGUGGAGAGGGCGGGACAGCGGCUGGGCGGCGGCCGCGGGGCCCAUGUGGUGCACAACUACGGCCACGGUGGCUACGGCGUCUCUCUGGCCUGGGGAACGGCCGUCGACGCCACCGGGCUGGUCAGGAGCUGCCUUCAAGAAAUGCAUCCACGAGCCAAACUCUGAUCUCCCGAUGCCACUGAACGCAUCAUCGCGGACGAACCAGUGGGGGGAAACGAUUUAGAUAAUCUCAUUGUGAGUUUCAAAAAAUAUUUAUGUAGUUUUUUUUUUUUUUUUUUA